CGGAAGUGUUCAGUGGGGGCGAAGGGGCCACUUCCGACUGGCGCAGGUCGGGCUACGGGCAGCCGCUUCUCCGCGGAUCCGCUGCGACCGCAGCCAUGGGGAAGAAGCACAAGAAGCACAAGGCGGAGUGGCGCUCGUCGUACGAAGAUCACAGGAUGAGGCCGUCGGCUUCUCGGGUCCUGUGGCCACUGUGGACCUCCUCUCUGGUACCAGGAAGACCCACAGCCAAAAGAGGGGCUUCCACGAAGGAACUGGGGUCUUGGGUCCUAAGUCGUGGUGAUGCACUUUUUCCUGAUUACACGGACACACCACUGGAGAAGCCUCUGAAGCUAGUGCUCAAGGUGGGAGGAAGUGAAGUGACGGAACUUUCAGGAUCUGGCCACGACUCCAGCUACUAUGAUGAUAGGUCAGACCAUGAGCGGGAGAGACACAAAGAAAAGAAGAAGAAAAAGAAGAAGAAGUCAGAGAAGGAGAAGCACCUCGAUGAGGAGGAGAGAAGGAAGCGGAAGGAAGAGAAAAAACGGAAGCGGGAGAAAGAGCACUGCGACUCAGAGGGGGAGGCUGAUGCCUUCGACCCUGGAAAGAAGGUGGAGGUGGAGCCACCCCCAGAUCGACCAGUGAGAGCCUGCCGAACACAGCCAGCUGAGAAUGAGAGCACACCCAUCCAGAGGCUUCUGGAGCACUUCCUCCGUCAGCUGCAGAGAAAAGAUCCUCAUGGAUUUUUUGCUUUUCCUGUCACGGAUGCAAUUGCUCCUGGGUAUUCAAUGAUAAUAAAACAUCCCAUGGACUUUGGCACAAUGAAAGACAAGAUCGUAGCCAAUGAAUAUAAAUCAGUCACAGAAUUUAAGGCAGAUUUCAAAUUAAUGUGUGAUAAUGCGAUGACCUACAAUAGACCAGACACCGUGUACUACAAGUUAGCCAAGAAGAUCCUGCACGCGGGCUUUAAGAUGAUGAGCAAAGAGCGGCUGUUAGCUUUGAAGCGCAGCAUGUCGUUUAUGCAGGACAUGGAUUUCUCUCAGCAGGCAGCUCUCUUGGGCAGUGAAGACCCAGCAGUUGAGGAACCUGUUCCUGAGGUUGUCCCAGUGCAAGUAGAAACCACCAAGAAAUCCAAAAAGCCGAGUAGAGAAGUUAUCAGCUGCAUGUUUGAGCCUGAAGGGAAUGCCUGCAGCCUGACAGACAGCACUGCAGAGGAGCACGUGCUCGCCCUCGUAGAGCACGCAGCUGACGAGGCUCGGGACAGGAUUAACCGGUUUCUCCCAGGUGGCAAGAUGGGCUACCUGAAGAAGCUUGGAGAUGGAACUCUGCUCUACAGCGUGGUGAAUGCAACUGAGCCUGAUGCUGAUGAGGAGGAGACACACCCUGUGGACCUGAGUUCACUGUCUAGCAAGUUGCUCCCAGGUUUUACAACACUGGGUUUCAAAGAUGAAAGAAGAAGUAAAGUUACAUUCCUCUCUAGUGCAAGCACUGCGCUUUCAAUGCAGAACAACUCUGUGUUUGGGGACCUGAAAUCAGAUGAGAUGGAACUUCUGUACUCGGCAUAUGGAGACGAGACUGGUGUGCAGUGUGCACUGAGCCUACAGGAAUUCGUGAAGGAUGCUGGGAGCUACAGCAAGAAAAUGGUAGAUGACCUCCUGGACCAAAUCACAGGUGGAGAUCACUCAAGGAUGAUCUUCCAGCUGAAGCAGAGGAGGAGCAUCCCCAUGAGACCUGCAGAUGACGUGAAGGUUGGGGACCCACUAGGAGAUAGUGGUGGCCCUGUUCUGGAUUUCAUGUCAAUGAAACCAUACCCUGAUGUCUCUCUGGAUGUGUCCAUGCUCAGCUCGCUGGGGAAAGUGAAGAAGGAGCUGGACCACGAUGAGAGCCACUUGAACUUGGACGAGACAACCAGGCUCCUGCAGGACUUGCACGAAGCACAAGCAGAGCGAGGAGGCUCCCGGCCAUCCUCCAAUCUCAGCUCUCUGUCCACUGCCUCUGAGAGGGAGCAGCACCCUCCAGAGUGGGAGCAAGAUCUCUGAAGGCCUCUCACAGUCCACUCCAAACAAGUCCCAGUUGGUAUUGGACGGCUAAAAAGCAACUAAAAAGGAAUCGUCAUCAAGGUCCAGUACAGCACAACACAGCCUCAUCAUUUGUGUUCCCCCAGGACAGUGUGUGGGGAGCACGGACGAGACACUAUCCCAUCUAGAUGCGGUUUCCGUGAGCCUUUAGCCCUGUUAUCCUGGGGCAGUGCUGCCACCAUAGGGCCACUGCAUGUCAUUGCCCCAGGGAGUCUUAUUGGGCCAGCUUGUGUUGUUCAUUCUGGCAUCUGGCAUUAGACCAUGGGAAAUCAGGGCUGCACUUGGCCUGCCAUGCCUGCUCCUGGAACUAGAUACCUAAUUAUGACAGGUUCUGAGGUAGCAAUACAGCUCUUGUCUUCCCAUUGGCUACACUUCACUGUUGAAAGGAACGGAGCUGAGUUAAAUAAACAAGAAAACCGUCCAUCCCAGGUGUACUUCGUUGCAGAAGAGAAAUACAUACAGUAAACUCUGGGGGGAUAGUUACCCAUCUCCAGAACAGCUUAAUUUUUUUCAUUUGAAGUUUUAUCACUUAUGUCUUUUAUGAACUGUUGCUUAGGCUUUAAAGCCUUCCAGCUGCUUACUAACAGCGUCUGACUUUCUGUUGGUGUUUGUCCUUGUGAAUUCUGGCUUGACACAAAUCUUAUCCUGUUUGCCUUUGGGUGACUUAGAUAGACUCCUUUGUUCGCUUUUCCUUUUUCCCAUCACCUCUUGAUUGCUUUUGCACUUUAAACUUUACAUGCUGAUAUAAGUCGUUCACGCCCCCCAGAGCCUCCUUCCCACACUGGUCCCAUCCCAGCAUAGGACUCAGCAAAGCCAUUAUAGCUCCUUAUCAAUCCUGAGAUCUCUGCUCAAUCAACCUCUUAACUUUCCGGUGAACAUGGCAUCAAACACUCAAACACACGGCCUCUUGCAUGCCAGUUUCUUUUGUGAUGUCUUUUCUCUGUGGUUUUCUAGUCCCUGGUAUUUGUAGGAACCUCAGCUAAAGAUAACUAAGUCUGGGUAACAGAGUGAUUGAGCUAGGGCUUUAGGAGCUGCCUUCCCUGGCCUCUACUGCCAUCUGCUCUCUUUGGACCUCUCAUGCAUCCGGAAGGAUUCUGUGUACAGAAUGAAUCCUGAUCUUUUCAAAAAAAGCCUGACUGCAGCUGCCAGAAGAAAGACUUAAGAUUUGUUUUUAUUCUGAUCACUUUGUGAUCAGGAUGUCAAGCAAAGCAGAGCCUUAGGAGGUUGCAGACAGCCCUAAUUCAGAUUAUGAUUGCACCUGUGUGUGGUAUCAGGGAAGACAUUUAUCUCUAGAUAUCAAUCACAGAUAUCAUAAGCUUUGCAGAUCUGUUUUGU